CCACGGCCUGGACGGCCCUCUCCCCCCCACCCCCCAGAUAAGCUUUUUGGGAAGCGGCUCUUGCAAGCGGGUCGGUACCUGGUGUCCCACAAGGCGUGGAUGAAGACUGUGCCCACGGAGAACUGCGACGUGCUCAUGACCUUCCCAGACACGACGGAUGACCACACCCUGCUCUGGCAAAAAAGCCACCACCGCCGCACGCGUGCCUAUGCCUUCUUCGUCACCGCCACGUAUGAGAGCCUCCUCCGAGGGGCCGACGAGCUGGGUCUGCGGAAAGCAGUGAAGGCGGAGUUUGGCGGGGGGACCCGCGGCUUCUCCUGCGAGGAGGACUUUAUCUACGAGAAUGUGGAGAGUGAGCUACGCUUCUUCACCUCCCAGGAGCGACAGAGCAUCAUCCGUUUCUGGCUUCAGAACCUGCGAGCCAAGCAGGGCGAGGCUCUGCACAACGUGCGUUUCCUGGAGGACCAGCCAAUCAUCCCCGAGCUGGCGGCCCGAGGGAUCAUCCAGCAAGUGUUCCCGGUCCAUGAGCAACGCAUCCUGAACCGCCUCAUGAAGUCCUGGGUGCAGGCUGUGUGUGAAAACCAGCCCCUAGAUGAGAUCUGCGACUAUUUUGGUGUGAAGAUUGCCAUGUACUUUGCCUGGCUGGGCUUCUACACGUCGGCGAUGGUCUAUCCAGCCGUCUUCGGCUCCGUCCUGUACACGUUCACAGAAGCCGAUCAGACAAGCCAGGAUGUAUCCUGCGUGGUCUUCGCCCUGUUCAACGUGGUCUGGUCAACACUCUUCUUGGAGGAGUGGAAACGGCGGGGGGCAGAGCUGGCCUACAAGUGGGGGACUCUGGACUCACCAGGGGAAGCCGUGGAGGAGCCACGACCCCAGUUCAGGGGUGUGCGGCGCAUCAGCCCAGUGACGCGGGCCGAGGAGUUCUACUACCCGCCCUGGAAGCGGCUGCUCUUCCAGCUGUGUGUGAGUGUGCCCUUGAAAAAAAACUGCCUCGCCCAGCUGCCAGGGUGAGCCAUGAACGCCCUCUCCCUGCAGGAGCUGGUGCUGAGUGUGAAGGGUCUGCCCCGUCUGGCGCGGUUCCUGCCCAAGGUCAUGCUGGCCCUGCUGGUCAGCAUCAGUGCGGAGGGCUACAAGAAACUGGCCAUCUGGCUCAACGACAUGGAGAAUUACCGGCUGGAGAGCGCCUACGAGAAGCACCUCAUUAUCAAGGUUGUUCUGUUCCAGUUCAUCAAUUCCUACCUGAGCCUCUUCUACAUUGGCUUCUACCUCAAGGACAUGGAGCGCCUGAAAGAGCUCCUGCUCGUCCUGUCCCUGUCCCAGAGCCUCGAGCGGCAGCUUGGGCGGGCAGUGCUGGGCCCGCUCGUGGCCCUGCAGUUCCACCUGCUCCUCCUCUCCCUCCGGGGCCUCCUGCACCUGGCCCAGGCCAAAAUGCUGGCCACUUUGCUGAUCACCCGCCAGUUUCUUCAGAAUGUUCGCGAGGUCCUGCAGCCACACCUGUACCGGCGGCUGGGCCGAGGCGAGCUCAGCCUACAGGCCGCUUGGGAGCUGGCCCAGGCCCUGCUUGGCCUGCUCAGCCUUCGGCGCCCUGCACCCUACCACCUUGAACCCCAGGCCGAAGAGGGUGGCAGCGGUGGUGGCAGGGGGCGCCGCAGGUGUCUCAGCGGGGGCUGCGGGGCACCAGAGGAGGAGGAGGAGGCCAUAGUGGAACGGCGGCCCACGGGGGAAGGUGGGGAGGGAGGGAAUGGAUUGAGAGGGGGCAAGGAGGAGGAGGAAGAGGAGGAGGAGGAGGAGGAGGAAGAUGAGGACGAGGAAGAAGGGGAGGAGGGCGACCUCCUGGACUGCGGGCUCCGUCUAAAGAAGGUCAGCUUUGCUGAGCGGGGGGUCAGGCGACACCGGCCAGGCCCAAGUCCGGAGGCACUCCUGGAGGAGGGGAGCCCCACCAUGGUAGAGAAGGGGCUGGAGCCGGGCGUGUUCACACUAGCCGAGGAGGAUGAUGAGGUAGAGGGGGCACCUGGCAGCCCUGAGCGGGAGCCCCCAGCUGUCCUGCUCCGCCGGGCUGGGGGUGAGGGCCGUGACCAGGGGCCGGAAGGGGGCCCAGAGCCGGAGACUGGCUCAGGCAACUUGGCCCAGAAGCAGCGGCGGCAGAAUCGGUCCUCUUGGAUCGACCCGCCUGAGGAGGAACACUCACCCCAGCUCACCCAGGCUGAGCUUGAGAGCUGUAUGAAGAAGUACGAGGACACGUUCCAGGACUACCAGGAGAUGUUCGUGCAGUUUGGCUACGUCGUGCUCUUCUCGUCUGCCUUCCCCCUGGCUGCGCUGUGCGCCCUGGUCAACAACCUCAUUGAGAUCCGCAGCGAUGCCCUCAAGCUGUGCACGGGGCUGCAGCGGCCCUUUGGGCAGCGGGUCGAGAGCAUCGGCCAGUGGCAGGUGUGGGAGGGCCAAGGGCUCCAAGCUGAGGUGCACAGGGAGAUGGGGUGCACCGGGAAGGAGCACAAGGCCCAGAGAGGGGGGCUGACCCCACCUGAGCCCCACCGUGUCCCCCCGCAGAAGGUGAUGGAGGCCAUGGGUGUCCUGGCGAUCAUCGUCAACUGCUAUCUCAUCGGCCAGUGUGGGCAGCUGCAGCGCCUCUUCCCCUGGCUCAGUCCCGAGGCGGCCAUCGUGUCCGUGGUGGUGCUUGAGCACUUUGCUCUGCUUCUCAAGUACCUCAUCCACGUGGCCAUCCCUGACAUCCCCGGGUGGGUGGCCGAAGAGAUGGCCAAGCUCGAAUACCAGCGCCGGGAGGCCUUCAAGAGACACGAGCGCCAGGCCCAGCACCGCUACCAGCAGCAGCAGCGGAAGCGGAGGGAGGAGGAGGAGCGCCAGCGCCACACAGAGCACCACCCCCGGCGGGAGCGGCUCUUCCCCUUUGGCAGUGGAGCCCGGGCUGAGGCUGGGGCCAAUGGGGCGGGCGGGCAGGUCCGGUUGGAAGGGACCCCCGGCGGUGGCAGUGGCGGUGGCCGGGCCCAGCGCUGUGGGCCGGCAGACGAGGCUGCAACUGAGGAGCCAGAUGUCCUCCGGCCGGAAGAGGAAGGCUCAGGGACAGCGCUGGCCCCAGUGGGCACCGCAGCCCUUCGCACCCGCAGCAGCCGAAGCCCCGUGCCAUCAACACUCAGGCCCCCGACACCGCCCGCCAGCUGUUGGCAGUGGGAUGGGCCUUGGGGCUGUGGGGGCGAAGGCACUGCCCCCCGCCAGGCCCCUGCCACCAAUGCAGAGUGCCCGCCCUGUGCCCUGGCUGGGGCCCCGCCCGCUCCCCAGCCCCUGCCAGGAGACACCAGCUUCUACAGCCUUGCACCUCUGCCUCUGCCACCAUCCUCCGAGCCCCCUGAGUCCCCCUCAGCCUCUCCCAGCCCCCAGGCUGUGUGCUGGCCCAGUGGCUGGCACUAGCUCUGCCUGGCGCCCUGCCUUCCUAUUCUCAUGCAAUAGCAGUCACCAAUGGGCGGCCACGGCCCAGAAAAUGCUUUGGCUCCCUUGGGCUCCUCCUCCUGGGGCGAGGGCCUAGCUCCCCUAUCUGCCGUUUUCCUUCUGACUAGGAUGGGGGAAAUGACCCCCCCCCCCC